AUGGUGUUUCUGCCACCGCCGUCUUCACCACCCCUCCCAGAACUUCCCGACUCAAUCACCCUCGAAGAAUUCAUCAACAACCCCCACUACGGACGGUAUCCUGUCGCCGCCUCCCGGAAUCCAUACACAUGUGGCAUCACCGGAUUGACCAGGUCGGUGGCCGAGGUCGCACAGCGGACAGACUACCUGGCACGAGGCAUUGCGAAGCGGUUAGGCUUCAAUCCACAAGAGGGUACUGAGUGGGAUCGAGUCGUUUGUCUGUACUCUCUGAACACGAUUGACUACAUUCCCUUUGCGCACUCGAUUCACCGUCUCUCGGGUAUUGUUACACCAGCUAGCGCGGCUUACUCCCACCAGGAAUUGGAGCACCAGCUUCGGUCGUCGGGUGCCCAGGCUUUAUUUACAUGUGUGCCUCUGCUGGAUAAUGCGUUGAAGGCGGCUGAUGCGGUCGGCAUUCCGAGAGAGCGCGUGUUUCUCCUUGCUGUUCCCAAGGUUUCUUCGGACUCGAGGUUCAAGACUGUCGAUGAUUUAGUUGCCGAAGGGGCGGAUUUGCCUCCAUUGGCGCCGUUGAAAUGGAUCAAGGGACAAGGGGCGAGGCAGACUGCCUUUUUGUGUUAUUCAAGCGGUACUUCAGGAUUACCGAAAGCCGUCAUGGUCUCCCAUCUCAAUGUCAUAGCAAACAUUCUCCAAGUCGCAACUAUUGACACAGUCGCCCGCAAACAACUCGGCGUCAAGACCCAAACGAAUGUCGGCGUCCUACCAUUCAGCCACAUCUACGGCCUCACAUUAGUCGCACUCCUCGGCCACUACCGCGGCGAUCAGGUAGUCGUGCUGCCCAAGUUCGAGCCAGCGACCUUUUUAAAUGCCAUUCAGCGCUUCAAAAUCGAGCAGCUGAGCGUAGUGCCACCGAUGUUGAUCCACAUCAUUAUGAAUAGAGAGGCGGUGUCAAAAUACGACUUGAGCAGUGUACGGUUUGUGUAUUGCGGUGCGGCGCCGCUGGGCACAGAGGUCAUCGAGGGCAUUUUGAAGUUGUAUCCUACUUGGCAUAUUGGACAAGGCUACGGCAUGACUGAAGCUUCGCCGGUGGUAGUUUCAACCAGCGAAGUAGACAGACUAGUCGGCUCGUCUGGCUGUCUCAUGCCCGGGUCAAGAGGCAAAAUCAUCGAUUCAGAAGGCAACGAGGUGACUGCCCACGAAACAAGAGGCGAACUACUAGUCCAGUCGCCAUCCGUAGUCCUCGGCUACCUUCACAAUGAGAAAGCCAAUGCCGAGACAUUCGUUCACCACGAGGAUGGUCGCUGGCUCAAGACAGGAGACGAAGUACUCGUUAGAAAAUCCGCCCAAGGAACAGAGCACUUUGUCAUUACCGACCGUAUCAAGGAACUCAUCAAAGUAAAGGGUCACCAAGUCGCCCCCGCAGAACUAGAAGCCCACCUCCUCUCACACCCCUUCGUAUCCGACUGCACCGUCAUACCCAUCCCGGACCCGCGAGCCGGCGAAGUCCCCAAAGCUUAUGUCGUCAAGGCUCGUGAGUCAGAGGGUCGUUCGGACGAGGAAAUCACACAAGCUAUCUGCAAGCACGUGGAGGAUCACAAGGCACGACAUAAGUGGCUCAAGGGUGGUGUAGAAUUCAUCGAUGUCAUUCCGAAGAGUGCGAGUGGUAAGAUAUUAAGGCGGUUGCUGAAAGAUAAGGAGAAGGCGAGGAGGAAGGAAUUGGGUGCUAAGCUGUAA